UUUCUUAAAUAUGUGGCUGUGAUGCUGUCAUUGGCUCCCCAUUCUAGUAUUUAAAGGUGUGAGUGCCGUAAUUCUACACAGGCUUUACCCGCAAUUUUUUGAUUUAGAUGCAAUUUGGUGGUUAUUGGUUAAAAAUUAUAACUGCUUUGGAAUCGUGUGAAUCAAUUGCGUGACACUGAUACUUGAUACUGUAAGAUGUCCCGGUUAGAUUUGGUGAUUUUUGGGGCCACAGGGUUCACUGGCAAACAUGCUGUGAUGGAAUGUGCUAGAAUUGCCAAGAAGAAGGCUGGCCUUACUUGGGGCAUUGCAGGCCGGUCACAGUCUAAACUCAAUGCUGUGCUUGAGGAAGCUUCUAAAAAGACUGGCGAGGAUCUAUCAUCUAUCCCGGUGUUGAUAGCGGACGUUGGUGAUGAAGAAUCGCUGUUCGCGAUGUGCCAACGUGCCAAAGUGCUAGUCAACUGCUGCGGUCCGUAUCGGUUAUACGGCGAGCCCGUGGUCGCGGCUGCAGUGCGGGCGAAAUCACACUACGUUGAUGUUAGCGGGGAACCACAGUUCAUAGAGUCGAUGCAGCUGCGGUACGACGCGGCGGCGCGCGCGGCCGGCGUCUACGUCAUCAGCGCGUGCGGCUUCGACAGCAUCCCUAAUGACCUCGGCGUGGUCUUCCUCGAGCAGAACUUUGAAGGUACUUUGAACUCCGUGGAGUCGUACAUAAGCGCGCACGUGGCGGGCGAAGCCAGUGCACUGGCGCGCCGGCAUGGCGUCGUGCACCGCGGCACGUGGGAGUCCAUCGUCUAUGGCGUGACGCACCGCAACGAGCUGCCCGCGCUGCGCAAACAGCUGUACCCCACGCGACUGCCCGACUUCUUCCCCGCGCUCGGGAAACGGACAAUACACAGGAAGAAUGGGGCAUGGUGCGUCCCCUUCCCUGGCGCGGACGCUUCCAUAGUAUACCGCACCCAGCGGGAACUCUACACCAGGACCAGCAAGCGCCCCGUCCAGUUCAGGGUCUACGUCCGGCUCCCCAACCUCGUGAGCCUCGUCGCCCUGCUCUUCGUGGGGUUCAUUCUGGUGGGGUUCAGCAUGGCGGCGCUGACGCGGCGCUGGCUGAUACGCCACCCGAAGCUGUUCACCUUCGGCGCGGUCACUGAUGAUGUGAAGGAGGAGGUGAUGGACAAUACUCACUUCCAAAUGGAGCUGCACGGUGAGGGGUGGGAGAAAGGCUCCGAUGAAACUGCACCCCCGAAUAAGAAGAUGGUCGCUAAGGUGCGCGGCACCAACCCCGGCUACGGCGCCACCGUGGUCGCGCUGCUGCACGCCGCGCUCACCCUGCACCACCCCCAGCGCAUGCCUCCCCCCGGCGUGUUGACAACCGGCGUCGCCUUCCGCGACACCGACCUCAUACAGCGGCUUCACGACAACGGACUACGUUUUGAAAUUGUACACAAAUAAACAUAUAUACCUCAUUAAUAAUUAUGUAUUUUAACAUAGAAAAUAUAUAGUUGCAGAUAAACACAAACAUAUGUCAAAGUUACAUUUGUUAAAAACUUUUGUGACUUAGAUUAGAGACAUAAGAGUCUGAGUCUGUCUAGCACGAACAUUUGAGCGUAAUAAAACUAUGGGGAACACCAAAAAACAUACACAUGUUGAUGUGUUAACGAAUACUUUCUCACCAAAUUUUCGUGCUCGGUCCCCUGAUGUGAGCCGUGUAUGUUGUGUUUAGUUUUGUAAUGUUUUAAAAGAAUCGAGUAUUUAUAGCACCAAAGAACAGUUUGUAUGUUUUUUGUCAUAUGUAAAACAUGUUCAGAAAUAGUUAAUAAUAAAAUAAUAUCA